GGUCAUACGCUAAUUCAGAUUGACGGCCAGGUUUAGAAUUUGGCCUGUACACUGUUCCCCCGCACGCUUUUCCUAGUCGGGGUUGUUGCAGUCUCAAAUUCCUUUGUCGUGUUUGGGUCGCUGGCGAGCCACCGUGUAACUCUGGAAAGUAGACAACCAUGAAGCGACGUAGCGUAGACAUGCCGCAAGAGGCCUGGAGCGAGGCGGUGCAAGCUAAGCGCGUCAUGUCCCAAUCAGCAGCCAUGCCCGGUGCGUUCGGCCUUCACGCUGCUGUGCAAGUUCAAGGCCCCUCACACGUGGCCGUGGUCCAUCCCGCGGACGCGGCACAAGUGGCGUGCUGGCUGGCGGUCGCAGCGCAGGUACAAGAAGCCCUUUCAAUGCUUGGACCGGGCUGGAUUUCGGCGGCGCAGAGCGGCAGCGAGCAGUCGGCUUCGGACUUCCGGACCUCUGGCGUCUCGACACCAGCCGCGCAACCGCUGCCGCACAGGCCUGACUGCACCUUCACGGGCGUACCGGGGCCCCUGUACCAGCUGCCUUGCUCCACACUGCCCAGUGCAGCGGCUCCCGUCGGCGCCUGGACAGGUUCGGCGCCGCAGCCGGUGCCGCACUCUGGCCAGCAGCAGCAACAACUGCGCGUGUUGCAGCUGUCCCAGCAGCCGCACUGGCCGCGACCGACCGCCGGUUUCAGCGGCGAAGCGCUGCACCUACGCCAGCAGCACUCCGGGCCGGUGCUCCAGCAUGACCUGCCUUUCUCAAGCGUGUCCUCCGGCGCCGCCAUGUCUGUGGCGGCCGUCGCGCUCCCCGCGUCGGUUGGCGUUCCUUCUGCGACCGACGUGCCCGCGCAGCCGGCCGGCGCCAUGGACUCCACCUGCAGCGAGAGCGACAACUCGGCGUCAUUCGGCUGGUUCUCCAAGUGCCGCGGCUGCUGCCAGCUGACGGCUGGCGAGAUGGAGCUCCGCGGGCAGGUGGUGCCGCUGUGUCGCGGCUGCUCGCGCACGCUCAUGAAGAAGGCGGCGCCGGACCAGGAGGCCAGCGUCGGCCGCAUCGUGCGCAGCCACCAGGUGCUGCUGCAGCGCGAGGCGGCGGCGGCGGCCAGCAGCGGCGCUGGCGGGGCAUCGCUGUGAGCUCGCGGUGCGGCGGUUGGCUCGGCGGUGUUCGAGAGGCUGACGGAGAGCGCAAAGGACCUCCUUGGCGGUACUGGUUGCGGUGAAGCAACCAAGCUCGGACGACAUACAAAGCUUCAAUGGCACAUUGAUGGUUCAUCCAGUGGACGUUAGGGUUUCUCCACCAGUUUGAAUGGUUUGGUGUGCUGUCCAGCAGCCGAUUUGCGGUAUGCAGGAAGUUGGUGGAUUCAGGCGUUGGGAGUGCUCCGGUUGCCGCUCUCCAACCCGAAGACUCCGGUGGGCUAAAUCAAAGUGCGCGCAGCUCGCACACUUGCGUGCGCAACAUAAAAGCCCGCGUGCACAUUCCUUCUGGACUCCUGCUGCGCAAGCUGAGUUUGCGCAUGGGCGCUGAGCGCCCAUGCCGCAGCCCGUCGCAGCCGUUACUAUUUACAUUCAUGUUGUCAGCGUUGGACCACCUUGUGACUUGGAAAGGAGGCGCGCGGUAACUUCUUCUUUGUUCCGGUCCGCUGCCUUGCUUGAGUGCCUUCCAGGGCACCCAAGGCGGCGGACUGUCCGUUUGAGGGCGCAAAGUUCAUCAGCAUCACGUUAAGCUCGUUUAAUUAGCCAUUUCGUAAUGGGGUUUUGGUACCCGGGCGCGUCAGGGACAUAAGACAGGGCAACAGAAGCGCAUCCAUGGUGAGGCGAGAGAGGCAAUCGCACAUCUGCAUGGCCUGGACGCGGUGCGUGAGGCAUCAGUCAGUGCGCGUAGUUCAUAGGGCUGGUAGGGGAGAUUUAUCGGGUGGCAUGUGUGAUGCAUGCAGCGCGAAAUCACAAAGAUGCUGCGCAUGAUCGCGCGCACGCGCCUGGAGCGGCGGUGACCAAGCCUCGCUCCGGCGUCGUCUUAUAUACAUAUGAGAGCUGCUCGAACGUACAUGUCCAAUGAAGUGGAGGGCGCACGCGAGAAGGCGGCUGCGGCAUCGGGUGUCGUGUGCCAGGUGCGGCGUGCGCUACUCCACUUGUUUGAUUGACACUCCAUUUGCUUUCAGGCGGUGUGGGUGGUUCAGCAAGGUGAUGGUGGAUGCUAGGAUCCAGGCGUCACACAUCUGCACGUCGCAGGUGUGGGCGCAUGGCCUUGCCAUCAGCACAACAACUCAAUCCAAAUGGCUAUCGGUCCUCGUUCGCACACUCAUUCUCCUGGCAGAAUGGAAUGGACAAAUGGGAGGACGAGGCAUGCAGGCUGGCACUAGCCGGUAAGGGCCCUGUGCAAGGGUUCAGGUCGUGUAUGUGUGGGGGCUAUGGCCGGAGAGUGCAGCGAGGAGGGGCCGUGUGGCAAAGUUGCGCUCUUCACAAUCCUGGAAGUCGGUACCUGUGAAGGCGCAGUGGGUGCCGUGUGCGCCGAUGAAGAGACAAGUAAAAGUAUUCGGCGGCAGGGCGCACGCCAGAAGCCGAAGCACGGCACGCUGCGCCCGUGUAUGGGACGGUGGUGACGCUUUCCCGUGCUUCACAUUUUUGUUGCGAGGUGUUUAGACACUGCGGGGACGACGUGACCGAGUGUGGUCCAAGCGCAGACGGGUGCAUCGCGCUAGCGCAACCGCUGUUGGACACGCAGUGUGGAAUUGGUUGCCAAAUUCAUUCGCAAUUGUCCCGACAAACCUUGGACGUAUAGGACCUGCAAGGCUUGGCGCACAGGAACGUGUUAGCUUGCGGACCGCCACGGAAGAUUCUGUGUUUGAGUUUGAUGUGCUUUUGCGUCGCAUGUGUAAACUGUCACGGUGUUUGACGCUGUACGUGUUUGACGGCUUUGCUGACCCGAGUGGAACGCAGACGCCCUUCAUUGGAACCGGGAAUGGGCGAGGGGCGUGUGCGAUGCCCAGGUUUGCGCUGGUUUUGAUCGAGUCGCGGGGUUCGGAGCGAGGCGGGCUGGCUGUCGGCAGUGCUAGGGCUGGCGUGGAAGCUCACGAGUCAGGGCCCGGGGCGGCGUGCAGGGUGGCGCGUGCAACGGGGGUUACACAUGACGUGACGAUGAAGAUGCGAGGGGGUGCAGAGCGCGCGAGAUACGGCAUACAUUAUUUUUGCAUGUAAGUGCUUUUCAAG